UUACUUUACUUUCUAUAGUAGUAAAUUGGUAUUUUUGAAAAUCAUAAUUUCUCUUUAGUUUUCAACAAGUUGCAUGCACAAAUUUUUUUUAAAGCUAUAUCAGUGCAGAAAUAACAUAAUUAAUAUUGCAGAUGUGAAAAUUGCGUGUCAUUACUAUUUGCCCGUCAAUCAGGAGUAUGCCCUCAAUGCAACACCGCACUCAGGAGAAAUCAAUUUCGACUCCAGCAGUUUGAAGAUUCAGCAAUCGAGAAAGAUGUAGACAUUAGGAAAAGAAUUCUAAAGGAUUUCAACAAGCAAGAAGAUGACUUUGAGGAUCUUAGACUAUAUAAUGAUUAUUUAGAAAUGGUUGAAACUAUUAUUUAUAAUUUAGUAAAUGGAAUUGAUGUUGAUGCAACUAAGAAACAGGUAGAGGCAUACAGACGAGACAACAAAGAUUUAAUAUCAAAGAAUCGCGCAAAACAGAGUAAAGACAAUGUUGAAUUGAACUUUUUAUUGGAACAAGAGAGAGCUGAGGAAGAGGAAAGGAAUCAACGACUUGCAGAAAUUGAGUUGUCAGAGAAGAAUACAAAGAAAAAAAGCAAAGAGUCUCUGAUUAAUGAACUGGUGAGCCCUCUACAGUUCAGUUUAGUAUUUUUAUAAUUUUAAAAACUGUUUAAUAUUCAGAUAUUGAGGCUAGUAUAUACUAACUGAUUGUUUAAGUUUAGUUAUGUUACAAGUCGAGAUAAUACACUAGAUUUCUCCUUUAAAGUGUGCAACCAAUAGAUUCAAUAGUCAGGAAGAUUGCAAAUUAACAUUUGACAUUUAUCAACAUUUGUGUGAAGCAUACGGAUCAGAUUUUAUAUUUUGGGGUUCA